CUCGGGUCCUCGGUCCAGAGGAAAACCCUCAAGUCCAGAAUCCAGAUCCAGAACCAGGUCCUGAGACUCGGACUCGCCGAGACACUCUGCACCUACGUCAUGAUGGUGUUCGGGCUGUGCUCCGUGGCUCAGGUGGUCACAGGUAAAGGAGAGUUCGGUCACUACAUCAGUAUAAACCUGAGCUUCGGUCUCGCCGUCGCCAUGGGCGUCCACGUGGGGGGCGGAGUCUCAGGCGCUCACAUGAACGCCGCCGUCUCUUUCUCUUCCUGCGUCUUCGGGACCCUGAGGUGGAGGCUCCUCCCACUUUACAUCACGGCUCAGUUCAUUGGCUCCUUCCUCGCCGCGGCAACCGUCUACGCCGUGUACUACGAGGCCAUCCAGAGUUACUGCGGGGGGAACCUGACGGUCUCGGGCCCCGGGGCCACGGCCGGAAUCUUCGCCACGUAUCCGGCCCCGUACCUGUCCCUGAGCGGAGGCUUCAGCGACCAGGUGUUCGGGACGGCCAUGCUGCUGCUCUGUCUGUCGGCUCUGAGCGACCGCAGGAACCAGCCGUGUCCAGCAGGGGGCGAGCCGGUGGCCGUGGGGCUCCUGGUGCUGCUCAUCGGGAUGUCGGCCGGGAGCAACAGCGGCUACGCCAUCAACCCCACCAGGGACAUCGGGCCCCGCGUCUUCACCGCCGUCGCCGGAUGGGGCCCCGACGUCUUCAGGUACGACCCCCGACCCCCGAGCGGCGCACGCACUCUGACCUUUGACCUCUGACCCCGCUCCGCAUGACCCUGAGGUUUGGACGUAAACA